UGGACAGAAUGGGGUCGUGAAAAUAAUGGACGAGCUGGAUCUCAACGGAAUUUGUUAUACCUUUGUCAAUUUCUUUUGUUAUGUCUUUCGCUUUAACAUAAGCGCAGAGAGCACGGACAGUAUUAAGUAUUUAUUUCGAAUUACAUCAAAUAUGUAACGAGUAAUAUAUAAUAAAAAGCUAAAGAGAGUGAGCGAACAAUCGUCAUGUGAUUAUAAAAUAACUAUGUCGUCUCUCGCGUUGAGAAGAACAGUGUCAUCUUGGUGUUUUCUUAUUCUUGUGACAAUAGUAACGGGACAGUUAAAGAUAGGAAAGUUUGACAAACACGAAGAUGUCUCCAAACUGUCUGGAACGACGAAUAAGAAAGAGGAAGAGACGGCGGUAUCUUCGGUCACAGAAGGACCUAACAUAGUCCUCGGCACGAGAACAAGGACAGGGAGCGACCCUGGAGGAGGUAUAGAUCUAUUAACAGCUCUACAGCUUCACAAUACUACUCGACAGGGCGUUACGCAGGUGCCGGGUCUGGUUAGACUGAGACCAGCCUAUUAUCUUCAGGGCGAGGAGAGGGAGCUCCGACUGAACGAGGAGAACUUCGAACGGGCGGCCGCAUUACUCCGGCGGGUUCCGGAAUUUACUAUAGCUGCCGCGCUGCGCCAAGAGGAGGCCAAUUCCGGGACGAUCGUCGCCUUUUCGCACGGGAACAAUAGGUAUUUGGAGCUGCAGAGCAGCGGACGCAAGGACGAGCUUCGACUUCAUUACGUAUCACGUCGCGACGGAACCGUACACGUCGAGGCGUUUCCUUUCCGACUGGCCGAUGGCGCCUGGCAUAGGGUCGCCCUGAGCAUAAGCGGCUCGCAGGUCGAGCUGCUAGUCGACUGUCACCCCUUGUACAGGCGACUGCUGAGACCUGGUCCACCUGACACCAAUUUCACCCUGCCGCAGCUCCAGCUCUGGGUAGGGCAGAGGAACGUCAAGCACUUUCUCUUUAAGGGUGCUUUGCAGGACGUCAAGUUAAUAGCAGGACCUCACGGUUAUCUUUCCCAGUGUCCUCAGCUCGACUCAUCCUGCCCCACAUGCGGUCAAUUUUCGAUAUUACAGACGACCGUCGAACAACUAAUGCACAAUCUCAACGAGUUGACUCGUAGGCUAGCCGCUGCAGAGGGCAGGAUAAGCAAAGUGGAGGAGUGCGAGUGCCAAAAGUCCUGUAGGGUGAAUGGUACCGUCUACGAAGACGGCGCAACCUGGGUAAGGGAUUGUCAACAUUGUUCCUGCGUCCAUGGCGAGAUUGAGUGCAGGUCGACGCUCUGCGCUCCGGUCACCUGCAAGAAUCCCGUCAUUCUUGAGGGACAAUGUUGCCCGACCUGUCUCAAACAAUGUUUGUUGCACGGCGUAAUUUACGAUCACGGCGAGAGGGUCUCACCGAAGCAGUGCGUCGAGUGCAAGUGCUACGACGGUAUCUUCACCUGCACGAGAUUCGACACUGACACCAAAUGCCCACCACUACCGUGUCCACCCAGCGAGCAACUCAGCGUGGCGGAGGAAUGCUGCAAGUUUUGUCCAGGGGUGGACUACUGCGCGAAGGGCCACGACUGUCAUACUAACGCGUCCUGCAUGAAUCUCCAGACGACCUUCGCCUGCCAUUGCGAUACCGGUUUCCAGGGGGAUGGCCAUAACUGUCACGACGUGGAUGAAUGCAAGCAGCAAGGUGGAUCGAACGGUCACUUUUGCAACUCGAACACGAAGUGCGUCAACGUGAUCGGCUCUUACACGUGCGAGUGUCUUCCGGGUUACUAUAGAAUGGACAAGUUCAACUGUGCCGAGCUGGACGAGUGCGCGACUGGUCAGCACUUGUGUGACGAGCACGCCACAUGUGUGAACACUAACGGUAGCUACUACUGCAUUUGCAAGGACGGCUAUAUCGGCGAUGGCUUCACAUGCAAACCUGUGUGCAAUCAGACUUGCCAGAAUGGUGGCGAAUGCGUGGCACCCGGAAGGUGCUCCUGUCGACGCGGUUACAUCGGCAAUAGCUGUGAGCUCGACCUGGAUGAGUGUGCCAGCGAUCUGCAUCGAUGUCAUCAGUCAUCCACGUGUUUCAACAUGCCCGGCUGGUAUUACUGCCGAUGCAAACCUGGCUACAGGAGCGCCCUGCACGACAGUACUCAGGGCACGCAAUGCGUCGACAUCGACGAGUGCACCGAUCGAACUGAAAGGAGGCACACGUGUCAUCCUACCGCGAAGUGCGUCAACACCGAGGGCGGCUAUGAGUGCGUGUGCCCGCCGGCGAUGGAUUUGGAAGAGUCCGGAAAAGAAUGCAAACUCAGUUGCUGGUUCGAAGGUCGCGAAGUCAACAAUGGCGACCCUUUAAUGCCAUCCGGAAAUCCUUGCAGGAGAUGCAUGUGCGAAGACGGUGUGAUCACUUGCAGGGAUCCCAUAUGUGACUGCAGCGUCCCGGAAAGUCGCCAGGACAAGUGUUGUCCACAAUGCGAUCCCGACGCGUCCUGCAGGCAUCAGGAACUCCAUAACCUAGUCUUCAGAAGCGGAGAACGUUGGAUAUACCAGUGUCAGACUUGCGAGUGCCUGUACGGCGAAAUAGACUGCUGGCAAAUGGAGUGUCCACCGGUGACCUGCUCGAAUCCCGUGACCGAGGAGGGCGAUUGUUGCCCGCGCUGCGAGGACGAUCCCUGCGCUCGUGAGGUGCCGGCGAACGGCACCUCGUACACGGUUCCUAGUCGUCCCCGGCCGUGCAGCUACGCCGGCAUCAUCCACGAAAGCGGCAGCUCCUGGCAGGACCCCUACGACAAGUGCACCACGUGCGAGUGCAAGGUGCCGUACUGCGCCCAAUUGGACGGGCAGCUUUGCUGCAGCUACGAUUACGGCUGCGCUGGCGAUCUGGGCGACGACAAGCAGCAACAUUCUCCAGUCGCUGUUCCUGAGCCUCUCGUACGCCAUCCACCAGACCCUGCGGUCCAGUCGCUGGUCAACGGUGCACCGGAAGCAGCUCUACCAGCGGUCAUCGGCACCCCCGGCACCAUACGCACCAUCACCACCGUCAUCACCACCUCCGUCGCGAGCACCACUCCCCCCGUCUCGUCGCCCUCGCACUACUCGUCAUCCUCCAGCAUCAGCAACGACAACCCCCACGAUCUCGGGCAAGGUCACGCAACGGGCUCGCACAUCUCGGUCAUGUCGCAGGCCCAGCAAACAGACAUGGCCUAUCAUGCCGCCAGAUCGCAGCAACAGCAGCAUCAGCAGCAAGCGUCGCCGAUCACGAGACACCAACAGUACGUCGGAGGCUCGACGACGUCGUCGACGACAUCAAAACGGUCCGCGGCGCCGUCGGCGACGACGGCGAGAACGCCGUCCGCGACGUCCAUUGGCGGCAGGUCGACGACGUCGCGACGCGGCCCGCCGUCGAACACCGUCAAUCAUCGCGGCGGUGCCGCCAUCGCCUUUUCCUCUUCCUCGUUGUCGUCGUCGUCGUCGUCGCCGACUUUCGCAGUGGCCCUGGCAACCUCAACGAUCGAGGAACCUGAUCUACCACCCGCGAGCGUCCCCACGCAAAUUCGCCAGCUGGUUAACCGCCGUCGGCAGGCUGGUUGGUCGCCAGCUACUGUCAAGGACAGAAGGAAAUCUAUGGUUCUUGACAGUGCCACUUGAGGGCCGUGAAUCUAGAGGAAGAUAGAAAAGAACGAACCCGACACACUUGGCAAGGCAUUCCAGACGGGAAACCCGAAUGGUCUCCCGGUCGUCCGACGCGCGUUGCCCGUCUAUUAUAUCGUCGACGAAAAAGGGGAAAACGAGACCGACAGUUCGCGAAGAGCAGAAACGGGAUUGUUGGCGGUACGGCCGAUGUUCGCGGAGGAUCGGCGUCGUCCGCGUUGCCACGAGGAAGAUUCGUUCCUCUUUCUGGAGCCUGUUUCCGGAAUUCGUGUUUGGCAAUUCCGAAGCAUAACGGUCAAUACUUAAUCAACGGAGCUAGAUUGACGAUCGCGUCGCUGACCUCGGCCCUAGUCCCCCUAGGCUUCAGGUUCUAAACGCUAAGAUCCAAAUCACCGAUACUGUCAAGCCUCGUCUCGUUUGCGGGUGAGAUCAACGUAGUCGUUAUUGACAUCCGAACCUAGAACAGAAGUCGCGGGCCAGGCUUAUGGCUGAGAGCGCGUACGCGUCCAGGACGUUCGCUUUUCCGCUUGAAUCGCUCGCUCGAGCCGCGGUGGCCUUCGCCUUUGGUCGCCGUCACCAGACGAGCGUCGAGACGCGGCGCUAAUCGUUCUUCGAGAGAUAAUCGGUGCGGGAAUAAAUUUUAGAAUCAACAUCAAGAGUUUGCGCCCGACGAUCAACUUGCAAAAUAUUAAAUAUGAUAUAGAUGUAUAACAGCCUGUGGUUCUACCGAGCUAAAGGUGCAGGUUAAUCUAAAUUGAUUUCGCUUGUAAACUUCUGCUGAAAGCGUAAUUGUCCACAUAUUGAUUCCUUACAAAACUUGUUUGUAACUUCUUAAAGCACAUUACAUAUAUAACAAGAGAACUUUAUAUUGUUGAUACAAAUAAAUUAUAAUUAAUAAGCUAAAGUAUUUAAAUAAGAGUGAAUAAGAGUGUACACAUCAAAGAGUUGAAGGCUAUUUUUUGUGAAUCUUCUAUGAGAUGUGUCACGUAAUAUGCAAUUCAAAAACGAACGAAAUUUGCUUAUAAAUGAUUGUUUUCCUUACAUAAACUCUGCGACGAUCACAAUGAACGACCGCAAAACUGUUUUUUAAGGAAAAAAACUAUCACAAGCAUACUAAUUUGCGGAUAAAAAAUACUGCAUAUUUUGCAAUUCGUAUUUUUACGAUUAGAUCAUACCAAGCGUAAACAAUGUACCGUCGUAUUUUCACGUAAUGAUCAAAAUUGCAACAAGACGCAUAAACGCAAUAAAUCACGUAAUGUACAACUAUCAAGUAGGUGUCAUAAAUAAUUGCGUAUAGCUAGAAAAUUUCUGAAUACUCCAAACAGAAACGUCUCGAAUUCACACGAAUUGAUAGAUUCGUAGUAACUAUUUGAUGAUGUUGAUCUUCAGCACCGAUUAUCGAUCGAAGCAGCGCGUCCUUUGUGGAUGAUCGAGCAUGAUCGAGCGAACCGAGAGCGCAGAUUCGCUUUCGCAGAAAAAGCUCCUUUCGCGUAUUUGAUUGAACAAGUAGCGCACAAUAUUUGGGCCUUAUAAAGUAAAUUGUUGAUGUUCCGCUAAACCACAUAAACACUUGUAUGUAUGUAUGUACGUAAACGAUGGCAAAGCAGGGGCGAUAUAUAUGUUUGUCGUAAGAAAUUGAUCCCCGACGGAGGGGAGGAGACACACAAUAAUGUAUGUUAUAUGUAUAUAUUAUAUAUGUACAUAUGUGUGUAUUAUAUACAUAUAAUAUACAUAUAAAGAGAAGUAAAAAAACGUAUGUAUUAUAUUAUACCGUGUACUAUAUGUGAGUAAUUCCCGCGAAUCCAUCGAUAUCUCCAACCGAAUGCACUGACUAUGUCAAUCGUCAAACGCCAAUGAUAACGCGGGUGGCUCUAUUACGCUAGAAAUAUCCACUAUGGAGGAUUAUAUCUCGUGACAAUAUAAGCGAUAUGAGGCCCCGGAACAUAUACAAUCAUUGUAGCGUGCGUAUCCGGCGAUAAAAAAAAAAUAGUUACGCUUGCGUGGGAGAGUACGUUAAGGGUAAUAGGGUAGAUCGCGAUCUUUAAACCCAAAGAGAAAUUCAGUCUAUCUUCUGAGGAUUCGGCUUAAUCCGAUUCCAUUUAUCCUUAGUCAUCCUAUGCAGGAGACGGACCUAUGCUCGAUUCACGGCUCUCGAAUGAGGUGUCGGAAUGCGCCACCGAGAGGCAGAGUAGCUUUCUAACUCACAGUAUGGCAAUAAAAGAAUUUCUAGCAUCGUUACGUGGUACAAUUGUUCACCAUCGAGGUAUCGAAUUAAGAGUGGUGGUAAGUAACAAUUAAACGACACAAUACAGUUUAGUUCUUAUAUCAUAGUUGUUUCUACGGAAUAAUGUCAAUUGAAAGAGCGAAUUUUGUAGAUAUAUUGCAUACUGUAGUUAAAAGGCCAUCGUAGGAAGAUCGGGCCCUUGUGGCCCUUCCUAUGUCCUCACACGAGGUAAAAAAUCAAGUAUGUCCGCUACUCCGACGUUCCCAAACGACGGAAGGCUAAGCCUAGACUUUUCCUACGUGCAUUUUGCGAUCCGUGAAAUGCGCGAAAUCAACGGAUUUUAACCUCUUGUCCGCGCUGGAUAAUUUAAGCUCUCUCGGUGCUAAGUUCCGCAGGAAGACUGCCGUACUUCAGCAUUUCGCCCGUUCGCAAAGUGUGCAUUUGUAAUAGAGUUGGUUCUUGCAGAGUUAAGCGUAAGGUAAUUUUUCGUAGCAAAACGCGCGUGCGUGUGAAUUGAAUUCACGAUAUAGAUAUACGAUGAAUAUUCCCCUGGAAAAAACUUAAUUUGUUAUCGCUAUUUAUUUAAUAUAACGAGUUAAUGAUAAUUAUAUAGAAAGUAUCGAGUCUCUGAAAAAAAAAAAAUCAUUUUGCGUUCUCUUUCUUUCUUUCAGCAAUAACUCGUCAUUAAUAUAUGUUACUGACUGCCGCAUCAUUUUACACAUUCACAGAUCUCAGAGCAACCAAAAGCCCUAAACACGAACAUCCACGAUUCACAUCAAUGCGUAAACGCGAGCUGGUUGCUGACGUCGUCGUAGACACUAUCUAAUAGACUUUCGAAAUUAUCACAAUAAUUCGAGCGUAGCGCCUAUUUGCAACUCGCCUACGAGCAAUAGCCUAAGCGAUUUUAAUUAUUAACCGAGAUAAUCAAGAAACGUGAGAACAGGCGAGGACACGACCCCACCUAAUUUUAGAAAUUACUUAGCUGUAAUCGCAUAAAGAAGGGCCUAGCUAAACGUAAUCAUUCGACUUUGAACUCCUGUCAGUCAGAUACCGAACGAUGAAAACCGGACGUGUGCCGGCAUGAACGAUUCUUUAUCUCGCUCAACCCUACAUGACCACUACAACUAUUAUACAUUCCUCCUUGACUAACAAUAAAUAGGCACUAAUGAGAGAAACAUAUAUAUACAUAUAAAUAAAUAAAUGAAUAUGCAUAUGUAGUCGCUCUAUCACUUACGUCGUUUCUUUUUGCAAAUUCUUUGACCAACUUAAAAUAGCUCCUAUAUUUUCACUAUCAUAAUUACAUUUUUAACUAAAAUAUUAAAGCGAAGAAUAUUAAUAUAACAAAGAAUAUUCACAUAUAACAUUAUAUAUAAACAAAAAUUUUGUCGUCUGAAUUAUUGUAAUUUAAAAAAUAUUAAAUUUACCAAAGAUUCGCUGAAAGAAGAUACAAUAGAGAAGCAGGGCAUCCUACAUAUAUAUAUUCAUAUUAUUGUGUAUAAAUACAUAUGCAACACACGGAGGAUACGUAUGAACGUAUACACAUGUAUACAUGGAUACAACGGAGAGAAACGAUAGGAGGGAGGGAGUUAAUUCGUAAUUAAGUAGGACUUAACGAAUCUCCAGGCCGCUAUUUACGUUCAUUAAAAAGAGAAAAAGGGAUAUUGACGAAUCUGAGGACUCAAUGUAAUUGUUCAUUUAAUGUGCAAUAAUUUAAUAGUAACACUACUUAAUUUGUAAUCGACUAUUUGGAUUGGAGCGAUGCCACCGCGUUUUGUCGUGAUCGGACGGAUAAUUAUGUGUGAGGAGAAAAGGACAAGAAAACAUGAGAGAUCGAAAAUGUGUCGACAUUAUUUCUCCGGCUCGAAUUUGUCAACUCUAUUGUCAUUAUUUACGAAUGAAAUAACUAAACAUUACAAUAUAUCUAUCCAGAGAGCCUUUAAAAAAUAUAGAAAAGCGCUAAAAUCAAACUUCUGUCAGCUAUACGUUACUCACGACAAUACGAAAUAAUAUUGUAUGUUUAGAAGUUUGAAAAAUGCUGCCAAUUUGAAAUACGAUUUACCAUUAUCUUGUCAGAGAGAAUGUCGUACAUCUAUCAAUAUAGGUUUUAAUUGCUUAAAUAUAUUUUAAAUCAUUUUAAACCGAGUUUACUUCGUAAAGGUUUAAUAUAAGGGACCAUCAUUUGUCGCAAUCUUUUAUUCGUUAACGUUCAAUAUUUUGAUAACUAAAUAAGCUCUUUGUGCAGGUAAAGAAUAAAGUAAGCCUUUAUCGAUUUACAUCUUGGAAUAUUUAACUCAUUGUUAAUUUAAUACUUUGUUUAUCAGAAAUUAUUAUUGUUCUUGAUACAAGAAAAUGUUUCAAUUUUCAAUGUUUUAAUUUUUUAUUUUAUCUUUUGUUAUGUGACAUUUAAAUACAUACUGCGAGUUUUGUAUCCUCUGUGUAAUUUUUAUAACGUGCGAUACUAUUGCAGAAUUCAUCGGAACAAAUAGUUAGAAACUGGGAACUAAAAAUAUAAUCUUAGAACUAUAGCAAGUCUAAUUGGCGCCCUGAACCAAUUCGUCUUUAACUCAAUUCUAGCAUUACCUGAUUUGGUAUAAUGUCCUUGCUUGUGUUCUACGAUCUUCUUUUACUCUGAACCAUCUAGUUCGCCAAGCUCUUGUUUACAGUUCUAGUUGACUUAUUAUCAACCAAUCAAUCAGCUACUUACCUGUAAAAUAAUUACAAAAUAAUUAAAACUAAAUUAUAAAAUUAUCUUAAAAAAACAAGUCACAUUUUACAGUUAUGUACAUUUAUCUUGCAACCAUUUUCGUGAUUUACGAAGUUAAAAAAUUUACGGGAAUAUUUCUGAAAGAGAAGAAAAAGGUAAAGAAAAAAAAGGAGAAGAAACAAAGUGUGAUCAGACGAAUCAGGGAGAAAUUCGAGCUGAAAGAAUAUGAGUGACGGCAAGUGACACACGAAACACACAUAUAGACACACAUAGACACGGUUGAAAACUAGAGAUGAGCCAUUAUGUCCCAAAAUCAAAUUCUUUCGGAAUUAAAACAGUCAAUGAAAGACUGAUAGAUUUGUUAGUAGAACAAAAUAGAGAAUCUCGCUCUUUUCAAACUCUCGUAUAAGAUUUUGCGAUGAACGUUUUCAAUCGGAUGAUACGAAAUGCAUUAAGAAAUGAGCCAGUGUCUUAAGAAAUAAAACGAAGAAGAGAGUCAGUUUAAUUCUUCUUCAUUCUUGUUUUAUAUGUUAAGUAACGGCAUACGUAAAAAUAUUAGGACAACUUGUCUGCAAACAAUAAAACAACUAAUCCAUAUUAUAGAAUCUUACGGACUUUCAUCUGAUUCUACUGACAAAUCUUAAUAAUGGGAUAUAACGGGUUGUACUCUGCGCCUUAAGCACUUCGUACAUGUGCAUGAGCAACAUAGCGUGAUAACGCAGACAGGCCGAUCUAUUGAAAAAGAAGGAUUAGACUAGAAGAAAAUGAGAAAAAUAAUAGUAUAAUAAUAAUUAUAAUAAUAUAAUAAUAUUAUUAAUAUUAUUAAUAAUAAUAAUAUAACGAUAACAAUAAAUAACACUGUUAUUCUGAUUGUAUAUAGUCCUGUAAUGUUAUAGUACCAUAUAGGAACGCGCGCGCGACAAGUAUAUAUUAUAUAUAGUAUGUAUACAUAUAUGUUAAUAUAAUAUAUAUAUGUAUAUAUAUUAUAAUUAAUUAAAUACACAACAAAUACACAUACACCAGGGCGCGCACGUGCGCGAAACGAUCGAUAAUGAUUAAUCAUAUGCUCUUAGCUAUUACACACAAGAUAAAAAAAAUUGAAUCGUACGAAUUUACGUAUGGAGGAAACGAUGGGAAAGGGAGAAUAGUCAAAGAGGCGCUAAAUCAUUGCCGGUGUUAUAUGUUAUUUCGUAUGACGAUGUCGUUCGCGUUCCGGCUAUUUUCUAUGAAAAUCGUCUUCUUUCUCGAUGAAGCGUUUUUGUUUCAAACGGCGCAAUGUAGCCGAUGCUUAUCACGAAGGGCAUAAGUAUAAUUGAUAUUUUAUACAGCACAAUAUUUUUUUGCCAUAAUUUAAAUAUUUAAGUAAUUUGUGCCACAAUCAAUUAUCUUACGUUCUGUUAGAAAUUUAUAAUAUCAUUAGGUUGCUUAAUUUUUAUUAUUAUUUCAUGAUUCAUCAUAUCAUCGUUUGACUGCGCAAUCGGUUUCCUUCAUAUCAUUGACAUAUAGUUAAGCAUCAAUAAACGUAAUUUAUUAAACAUAUCAAAUAAGUUAUUUUACAAUACGAAUUUAAUAUCUUAAGACAUUAACUUUUUAAUAUAAUUGGUUUUUAUAUUGCAAUUUUAUUUCGUUUAAAUAUUUUAUUGUUAUCUCUCUCUUCGAAGUAAAUCCUAAUUACAGAGAAAAAACAUUUUAUUCUUUUUGCCUUAUGCCCUUCGAGUAAUAUUCAAUUGUCUACAAUUUAAUUAGACAUGUGACUUAAUAUAUUAUCAAUAUACGUGUAAGUAUAAACGGUAAAUGAUUUUCGAAACGCCAAUUUAUCGGUGAAUGAUGGUUGACGAUGAAGAACAAUAGAAUUAAAUGAUUAGUGCUGCAUACUUUAUAAAGUCAAUAAAUAAGUAACACAGAAAUUGACCUCUUGUUAAAGAAAGACGUGUAUUCGAAACAAUAUAACUUUGUUCCACGAAGUAAGAAAUCGAGGGAAAUCUUGUCGCCAACACAAAAAGAGACGCGAAAAAUCUUUUGUACGAUUUCGAGAUUUUAUGUGUUCCUUGUAUAUAAUACUUAAUCAAAGGCGAAUUUUGUGAAAAUUGUACGUGCAAAAUCAACAGUUGCUACAAACGGCGAUAAUUAUUUCGAUUUGUGUAUUAGCACGGAUGUAAUUAUAUUUGGAAAGAAAGAAAUUACCAUUACACCAGAAAAUAAUAAAAUCAUCGAUAUAAAGUAUUCAAAAGUUUAAAAACAUCAAUCAAACGUUCGAGUCAAUUCUAUGUAACGAAUAAUAAUUUCGAUUGUAAACAUAUACCAAAUGUUGACCUCACAUAAUGAGAAUUACACCUGAGAGAGUAUGUCGGCCUCUUCAGAUUAGCAAUUUGUAAAUUCAUCUAGUAAGGUGAUAUUUUUAGACAGAUAAAUCAGGUAAGGUAGAUCGAUAGAUAAAUCGGUACCUAAAAUCAGGACGGCGAUAGACAGUCAAAUUCACUUAUCAUAGUGAAUUUCUAUGUACAUAACACAUUCAUUGUCGCAUAUUUUGGAGCUUGAUUCCUUAAACGGAGUUGACAAAUAUGCUUUUCACGAACUCAACACCGUAUUAUGUAAAGAGUCAAUAAGAUCGUUCCGAAAAUUCCUCAAUCUACACGAAUGUUUUACAUAAAAUAAUAUAAUCUUUGGCCGUAGCUUAAUCAAUGACAUAAAAAUCAAACGACGAAAAUAUUUUAUUAAUCGGUCCACUUUGAAGGUUGGACGAAAGUAUAACAAAGAUAGAUCCCUCAAUGGAAUUAAAAAUCGGCUUCAUAAAUAGAAAGAGAGAGAGAGAGAGAGAGAGAAAGAGGAUACGUUUCAAGGGGAAAAUUGAUUCGUUCGCCUUUCACCUUACGGUGAUGAACUCGAGUCAUUUGUGCAGCCUAGUGAAAGCUUUACGCGUGCCUCAUACGAUCAACAUUACUAUCAGUGCAAGAAUGAUAUUACUGACUGGUUUCCAUUUAGUGACACAAGUCGACACAAACAUCGUUCUAUCUUUCUUGGCAUUCAAUGAGUAAUAAAGACAGACGAGUCUUGUGUCAGUAAAUGGAAAGCACUAUGAUUACGAAAUAAGCUGUACGUAAUCGGUAACAGUCUCGAUAAUCAAGAUUGUCGAGACUGUUGAGCAUUGACAGUAAUCGAAAGCGUUCGAAAUUUCGUAGCUCUAUUUAAUAUUAAAAGAUAUACCGAGAUACUGUUACGUUUGAUUAAUAGUAUGCCUAAUCAGUACCACAAAUAACUACUACAACGACUACCAGUAAGCGCUUGUUGUGCAAUGCGAAGAGAUCAACUAUCGGGAACUACUAUUCCUCGUUCACUUUUCUAUCACUUUCACAUUGUCUAAGACAGAAAACUAAUGGAAGUUGCUCUCAUUAUCUUGACAAAGUGGGGAAUGAUCGUGUCUUCUAUUAUACGGGAAGACUACUUACAAGGGACAUUGUUCAAUUUGUCCAAUUUUGUUCCCUUAAAAUAUGUUAUUAAACAUUUAAGAGAUUCUGUUCUUUCCUUACGCAUGCCUAAUUACAAGCUUAGAAGGCGAAAUAACCUUCUAAAAUUUCAAAGCUACGAUCUUCUUUUGACACAAUAUUUGUGGAUUUAUUUACUGCGUUGAAAAAAUUUAGAUUAAAAUUUGUUUAGUUUUGAUCGAAAAGCCAAAAAGAAUUAUAAAAUUAUUUCGUGUUGAUUUUUAAUUUUUAUCUCUCUGUUUUCCCAAAAUUAUUUAAACAUUAUUAGAAGAAUAAUAUAGUACUUUUAAUUACGAAGCUAGCUCAAACAAGUUGAUUACAUAUUUUUCGAAGAAUAGAAUAUCGUAAAAAGAUAACUCUUUGUAAAUAUUGCUGAUAACAAUCACUGUACGACAAAAUCUAGUAUGAUGCCAUAUAAAUGCCUCAAUUAACGCAAUCUAACAACAUGAUUUGUUGCGGUGAAGUAAUCGGCAAAAAUUAUAUUUCAGACGAAAUUCAUAUAACAUUAGAAUAAACGUUGAAUUAAUGUAUCGCUUUUGAAUAAUUUUACAUAUAAUAAUUUAUUAUAUAUUAAUAAAUUAUACACGUAAGAUAAGUAAAUUGCUUUUGCAAUUAAAACUGUUAUAACUUUUUUCUAAUAAAGUUAAUAUAUUUUGCAAAACAAAUGAUAUUUUCUAUAAAAAGAAACAAAAAAGAGACAAAAAUUUUGUUAUUUAUUUGACUUUACGGUUAAAACUAAACAACACUGUUCUAAAACAUUUUCGAUUUAAUAAAUAGCAUCAAAAAUAUCACCAGAAGAUUUUAGUUUCAAAAUUUUAGAAGAGAUUACUUCAAACUUAAACUUAAUUAAACAUAAAAAGAUCUUUGGGAGUAUCUCUUGGAUCUUAAUAUUUAAUAACAUUUUCACUUAUUUAUUAUUUAAUAACAUAUUUCACAGAUAGAAAAAUUGCCGCUGGACAUUUAGAUAAUGUCUCUUGUUGAUAGUAAUUGGCAUUAUCAUCACUGCCGGGUCUAAUAUGCCGCUUAUCGUGUUAAGUUACAUUAGAACAUCAAUCAAAGUACAAGAUCGCUAUCUCCUCGGGAAAAAAUUAGAAAGAAGAUUAUUAAAAUGUAAUAUUGUUUCCUGCACGAAUAUUCCGCUAUCGCGUACUUCAUUGUCUCUUGUUCAGAAUUAAAUCCGCAAGUAAAAUUGAGUUAAUAAAUAUUCAAUUUUUUAUAAAUAAUAAUCAAUACGUAUGAGUACAAAUUAAGCAUUCAAAUAUCAUUUUAAAUUAUGAUAAUUUCUAUACUUUCUACGUAACAAACUAAAAAAAAAAAGUAAAUCUAAAAAUUCAAUUGUUCAAUGAUCAUUGCUAGCUCAACUGUAAAAAUGAAUAGAGUGAUUCGUAUAUCGAGUGAACAUGAUUACGGCCCUUAGCGCGCGAACUUUAUCCAAUAUACUGAUAUUUAACUUUAGUUACUUGUAACUGUGCAACUAUUUCAAAUCUUUUGAUAUUUCUGUGUAUUAUGUUCUCUAUAAUUUAAUUAAAUCUUCAGAAUGCGGAAUGGAUAUAAUUCAUUUAACAUUUUAUGUAGAAGGACGAUCACAUUUACAUUUCUGUUAAGACAACAAUAUUAUAAUGCAAAUGUUGAAAAUGCGUGUAUCUAAAAUGUCAUAACUAUCCGAACUCAAGUGCGAACUCAACUGCGAAGAUCAAUAUAUUCAGUACAAGUUUUGAGUAAGUCAAUGUUAAAUUUUUGACCGAUCGUUCCAUUAUAGGGAUAUAUAAUGUAAUAUAUUUAGAUUAAUAAUACAUAUUUUUAUUUAAAUAUUGAGAAAAAUAUGUCAUGCGAACCCCCAAGAACAAAUGGUGCGCGCAUUGUUGUGUUCUAGUCUGUACUAUAUCAAAAUAUGUAUUGUUGUCAUCUUUAUACGACCAUCGCGACGAUUACCUAUAAUCAUGAUUAUUAUGGAUAAUCAUAUAAAUAAAAACAAAGCGAAGAUAUA